AUGAAUCCAGCUCCUCCUCCCCCUCCUAGGCGGCGCCCCGAGACAGGCAGCCGCCCUCCAGCACCCCAUCAAAACUGCAGCCGUUGCAAGUCAUCGAACACAAAAUUUUGCUAUUAUAACAACUACAGUGUGAAUCAACCCCGCUACUUCUGCAGGGACUGUCGUAGGUAUUGGACUCACGGCGGAGCCCUAAGGAAUGUCCCAGUUGGCGGUGGGUCCCGCCGCAACAGGCGCCUCAGAACUGCUUCUGCUUCUUCUGCUGUUUCUGCUGCUGCUACUGCUGCUCGACUCGUGCCUCCAACUGCCGGAAUCCUGCCGCCGCCGAUUGGCAACGGCGCCGGUUCUUUCUUUAAUUUGGCUGCCGGAAUGAAUUUCUCCGGCGGCGGCGGCGGACAGUACGAUAGUGCUAGUAAUAUGAUGCUUCCGCCUUACCCGGGAUUGAAUGUUAAUCCAAGUUGGAGUCAAAGCUUCUUGAUGAGGGGCGCUUCAUCUGAGGAUGGUGAGAAUCAGAUUGUGCCGAAUCUUUUCGACCCGAACGAGUGGUUGGACAAUAAUAAUAAUGAAGCUGGAUUUGAUCCGUCUAUUUGA